AAGAUACUUCUAGUUUCAGUUCUUCUUACAUGUAUGAUAUUCAACACCCGUGAAAGAAGAUAAGGUUUUUCCUUUAAACCUCUUCCAAAACACACACUGGACUUGAUCAGUCACUGCAAUUUCAUAUCAGGAAAAAUCCCACCAAAUCAUCCAUGAAUUUUAUAAAAGAGCAAGAAAAUAAUACUGUUACUGAUACGCAAGAUCGCAUUUGCGAUUUCUGCGGAGAAACCAAGGCCCUUUUGUACUGCAGAGCCGAUUCUGCUAAGCUCUGUCUGGGUUGCGACAGGGAAGUACACUCGACAAACCAGUUGUUCAAGAAACACAUACGUUGCCUCCUUUGCGACAAAUGCGAUUCUUCGCCUGUUUCUAUUUAUUGUUGUACUGAAUCAUUAGUGCUUUGUCAGAACUGUGAUUGGGAGAAGCAUGAUAAUUUUAGGUUAAUCCAUGAUCGUCGCCCAAUUGAGGGGUUUGAUGGGUGCCCAUCAGUGAGUGAGUUGAUGAGUAUAUUGGGAUUUGAAGAUUUGGGGAAGAAAAAAAUGUUGGGUGAUGGGGAUAUUGAAGGUGGGAAUGAAGGGCUAUUUUCGGAAUUGAUUUGGGAGACUCCUUCUAUUGUGAGUCUUGAUGAUUUGAUUGUUUCGACUGAUAAUUGUGUCGAUGCUGGGCAUAGUUUUCAGGCUAUGGGUGUUCCUCCUUUACCUAAGAAUCGAAAUGCUGUGUGUGGAAAGCACAGACAAGAAAUCCUUUGCCAACUUCGUGAAAUGGCAAAAAAUGAACCAAACUUUGAUGAUCUCACGGAAGACUUCAAACCCAAUUUUACACUGGAAUCACAAGUGCCUGGUGGAAAAUUUCAGUUAAAGGAUAGCUGUCCAGGCCUUGAACGCUAUGUGGAGCCAGCAUUAGGUCCUUAUCACGAGGAAAAUGCAUUUCUGUUGUGCGGUAAUAGUGGUAGCUACAUUGACACAAACCAUUUAGUACCUGAUAAGGAUUCAGAUGUUGGUGACAGUCCAUUUCAAGCAAAUGGAGGCCAGGAAGGUCAAUCACAUGUUCCUGUUAAUUCUAAACCCUUUGAAGCAAUUCCUAAAGUGGCAGCACGGGAACUGAACAGCCAGGAACGAGACUUUGCUCUCUCACGAUACAAAGAAAAAAAGAAAACUAGGAGGUUUGAUAAGCACAUCAGGUAUGAGUCAAGGAAAGUACGGGCAGAGAGUCGAACAAGAAUUAAAGGACGUUUUGCCAAGAUCGAUCGCUGAGACACUGCUACACAAUGGGACAAAAAGUCUUGCAGAAAGUAGGAUAAGAACUAUAGGACGAGACUCUUAUUAGAUUUUUACUAGUUUAUGUUGUGCAUUCAAAAAUUAUUAUAUAUUCACCCCCUUUGCAGGUAGUACACUUGCUAUAGUUUGUAUAUUCCUAGGUUAAAAUUGAUUUAUAGACUUCUAGUUCAUGUUAUGAAAUGUAGCGAUGUAUCUUCUUCAGAUGGUACAAUGAAUUCUGUGUGUAAACUAUAGCUUCUAAAUAUGAAUAAUGAAAUGUGAUGCUUAAGUUUUGUUUAUGAA